CCUGCAGACCCUCACCCUCGCCCUCGUCACGCCCUCGCCCUCGUCGCGCCCUCGCCCUCGCCUCGCUCUCGCCCGUCCCCGCCAGCCAGCCACCCGUCCCCGCACUCCGCUCAUCCACGCCGGUCGUCCGGUCGUCCGGUCGUCGCUGCGCCCAGGCCCGCGGUGUGCGGUAUCGUCGAACACGGUGCAGGCCACAUCCUUCCGGAGCACUUCCCGGAGCAGCUUCCAUUCGGCUAAGAAACAGUGCAUGAGGACGGGUGGGUGGACAAGAACAGGCGGGCAGUCGAGAAGCCGUGAGCGAGUGUGCAGGCAAGAGGCAGGCUCUGAACCGAGCGAGGUUGGGCGCGAGAAGUCGAGGACGCGGGCACGAGAUGGACGGUGUGCUACAGUCUACCUAGUAUAAGGGCGAUGACAAGCAGUUAAGAACAGGUGGAUGUGUGAGAUAGCAAGAUGACGAAGAAGGGCGGGUAGUAGGUGAGGCGAGGAGGGCAACGAGUGCGGGCGAACUGGCAAGCUGGCAGAUGAGCGAGCAAGCAGGGGCGUAUGCCGGUGGGUAGACGACAAGGACGGCGGUGGACGGGCAAGAGAGAGUGGACGAGCGAGUUAGCGAGAAGGCGAGCCUGA